CCAUGCCGGGCCCACCCUGCGGGUCCCUGCUCGACUACAAGACUGCCAAGUUCUCUCUGACGCGGAACCGGCGGGUGGGGCUGUUGCACCGGCUGCUGCAGCUGAGCGCGCUGGGCUACCUGCUGGGGUGGGUGCUGCUGCUGCGGAAGGGGUACCAGGAGCGCGACACAGCCCCGCGUGUCGCCGUGGUCACCAAGGUGAAGGGGGCGGCCGUCGCCGAGGCCGCGGGCCGGCGGCUCUGGGACGCUGCGGAUCUCACUUGGCCCCCGCAGGGAGAAAAUGUGCUUUUCCUGGUGACCCAUUUCAUCGCCACAGUCCAGCAAGCCCAAGGCACCUGCCCCGAGAGUCCCUCUGUCCUCGACGGGAUGUGCACAGAAGAUGCAGAUUGUCCCAUGGGAAAUCCUGUGGUUCAUGGCAAUGGGAUAAAAACUGGGAAAUGUUUGAUGUUCAAUGCCACCCAUUCCACCUGUGAGAUCUAUGGCUGGUGUCCUGUGGAGAAUAGCACCCUGCCCAGGAAACCUCUUCUGGCUGAGGCAGAGAAUUUCACUCUUUUUAUAAAAAAUACUGUCCACUUCACCAAAUUUAACUUCUCCAAGUGCAACACUUUACAAACCAGUGACCCCAGCUAUUUCAAGAGCUGCACAUAUGAUCCAGUCUUCAACCCCUCCUGCCCUGUGUUCCGUGUCCGUGACAUAGUGGAGGCAGCUGGACAGAACUUUGGAGACCUUGCACUGCUGGGGGGAAGCAUCAGAGUUCUUAUUGAGUGGAACUGCGACCUGGACCACCCUGCUACCCAGUGCCAACCACAGUAUUCGUUCAGCCUGCAGGACAUGAGGUACAAUUUCAGAACUGCCUCCUACUACUGGGGCUCGCAGCGGCGGCUCUACCGGAACCUGCUGAAGCUCUACGGGAUCCGCUUUGACCUCUCCGUGCACGGCCAGGCUGGGAAGUUCAGCAUUGUUCCUACUGCCGUGAGCUGUGGCACCAGCAUUGCCUUCUUUGGUGCUGCUACAAUGGUCUGUGACCUGGUUCUGCUCUACCUUGAUGCAAAGGCUGACCUUUAUUGGAAGGAGAAAUUUGAAGAGGUUCAUGUGCUAAGCAUGAUUACAUUGUGGGAAUUCACUGCCCUGGUGAAUCGGGGAGUCACAGGGAGGCUCCUACAGACCAGAAGAGCUGGCAGCCCUGCCUCAGGUCAUUUCCAGCUUUGUCUGGCCAAGUCUUUGGAGCCUCUGAGGGCUGAGAUCCCCCAUCUCCUGGUGAACUGUCCCAAAGCUGCUCCACCCAAUAAGGGGGGAAACUUUCCUAAUGCCUGA